CUAGGUCCAACACAGAGGUUGGCUGUCUUCUCUGACAGUCUAAACAGUGUCUAUAUGUAUAACACUUUAUUGGCUUCGCUGGGCUAUCAUCAGCUUCUCAUAGAUGUUGUUAAAGUUGUUCUCAUCUUUGACAUUGAUUUCAGGGUCUUUCAUGUCUCUGGUGAGGUUAAUCUUGUUAUUGAUCAUCUUUCAUAUUGGUGGGCUGGUGAAGCUCAAUGCAUUUCUCCUAGUCUGCAUGUGUUUCCUUUUUAA